AUGGCCCGGAUGGCGAUGACGUCGCCCGCCGGCGAGAACAACCACAUGCGCCCGUCCACGCCGCCGAAGUCCGGCCCGGCAGAGCCGGCGGCCAACUUCGACUCGCUCAACGUCGCGCUCAAGCACCACGUGCCCAUCAGCACGUGUUGCAGCGGCGUGUACGGCAGCGACAUCUGGGGCUACACGUCGGCGGCCACCGGCAAGGAGUGGGCGCUCAUGUGCUACAUGACGGGCUUGAGCGCCGUCGACGUGCAGACGGCCGCCGUGGUCACCGCUCCGAGCUUCACGUCGCCGAGCAGCUCGUGGAAGGACGUCAAGGUCUUCGGCCAUCACGCGUACUAUGUCACCGAGGCGUUGGACCAGCCGGGCAUCGUCGUCUUCGACCUCUCGGGCCUGGACUCCGACCCACCGUCCAUCUCCGUCGGCCCCGCGGCCAUUGACAACGGCGGCGGGCCCGAAUCGAGCCACAACGUGGUGGUUGACGAGGUUAGCGGCUACCUGUACCGCGUCGGCGGCUGGAAUGACAACAAGAACGUGCGCAUGUACGACCUGAACGCCAACCCCGCCGCGCCGCAAUACAUUGGCAAGUUUGGGGAAGGCUACGUUCACGACGGACAGGUGACCACGUUCGCGUCGGGGCCGUACGCCGGCAAGCAGAUCUUCUUCGCGGCUAGAGCUCUAUUAUGGGGAUGGGGGGCGCGGCUGCAGAUCUGGGAUGUGACCGACAAGAGCGCGAUCGCCCUGCUCGGCAACGGCACUUGGCCCGGCGCUGUGUACUCGCACAACGUGUGGGUUGACAUCGGCACGAUGCGCGCGUACGUGGGCGACGAAUUACUCUCAUACAGCUCAGGGGCGCCCACCACGAUCUUCGAGUUCAACGUCUCCGACCUGAGCAGUCCCUCAUUCCUCACUUCGUUCACCAACGGCGUCGGCGCCAUCUCGCACAACCACAUCUGCCGCAACGGCCGGUUGUACGUCGCCAACUAUGCCUCGGGCAUGCGCGUCUUCGACCUAAGCUCGCGCUCGGAGAUGGGCUACUUUGACACGUACCCCGACGGCGACGGCACGAAGAACUGGAACGGCGCGUGGGGGACCUACGUCUUCCCCGCGAGCGGCCUCGUCGUCGUGUCCGACCAGAACCGCGGCCUCUUCGUCCUCGAGGACUUGGGCAGCUCGGCACCCGUUCUCGACGCGUCGUCGCGGAUGUGCGAGGUCUCGCUCGGCAACGCCACCGAGGUGAUCGACGGCAAGGUCGAGGUCGUGCUCGGCAGCGCCACCGAGGUGAUCGACGGCAAGGUCGAGGUCUCGCUCGGCGAGGGCACCGACGUGAUCGACGGCAAGUGCGAGCUCAUCAGGCUGGGUGACUUUGACGGCGACGGUGUCUUCCGUCUUGCCGACGCGGCGUUUGUCUCCAAGGUUUGGCAAGGCAAUGAGCAGUGGCCGGUUGCGGGAGGGCGCCGCGCUCGGCGCUCGCUUGAGAGCACCAGCACAUCGGACGACGGAGUCGAUCUCCUUGCGCUCAAAGACGCUGAGCUCGAGCGCAAGGACGCGGAGCUGUUGAAGCUUCGCGCGGAGCUGUUGAAGCUUCGCGCGGAGCUGUCGAAGCUUCUCUCGAAGGUCAAGGAACUAGAGGCAGAGCACCGGGUGGUGGUCGGCUGA